AUGGCUGAGUUAACCCGCAAACAGGAACAAACACUCUCUGAAGAAAAUAACUCUGAAGAUGAAAUUACCCUCGACGAUGAUGUUGUUUGUGAAAAAACUAAUGAUGAUUGUGAUAAUGAUGUUGACAAAAAUUUCGUAAAUACUUGUGAUGAUGAUGAUAGUUUUGACGGACGAAGUGAAUACUCGGACAGUGAUUAUGAUGCCGAUAUAGAUGAAGAAGAGGAAGAAAUAAAUAAUGAAACGUGUGCUUUAUUUUUAAAACAAAUUUGGGAUGCACAACGUGUGAAUAUUCAAAAACGAAAACAAGAUCGAUUUUUACCAUUAACCAAAAAAUUUGUAAAUGGUUGUUUUGUUAAAAGAGAAAAAAUGCUCAACGACAACCCACAAAUAAUUAAACAUUUGGUUUUUUUAUGUUGUAAUAUAGCAAACAGUAAAAUACCUACAGAUAUAUCAGGCGUUGAUAAAGCGUUAUUUUCAUACAUUUCGGAUAGAUCUACACCCCCGAGCGGACGUGCGUUUACAUUCACUUGAACAAUUUGCUGUUCAACAUUGUUGUAGACAAGCACUUAGAAAUAUAGAAGCUGUUCAAAAUAUUUACGCUGAUUGCGAUGGGGGACGAUGUGAAACGCCUAACGCUGAUAGACACGGAGAAAUACAACACGAUGAUGAAAACCCUGGAAAAACUAGUAAGCGACAGAAAAAUUCUAGGCGAUGCAAAACAAACAGCCGCCGAAGGGGAAUUAAUUGAAAGUCACGCAAACAUGAUUUCCAGCGUGGGUCAUAAAGCACCUUAUGCCACCGACGAUAUUAUUAAUUAUUCUAAAAAAUGAAGAAUUAUCUAAAAGAGCAAAACAAACUUGCAGCUGUUAACCUUCAGUAGCUGCUGCCGGAAGUGGUGGUGCAGCACCCAAACAGGGAUCGUUGGCAAGUUCAGAAAAUCUAAUACGUGUGCAUCUUAAAAAAAAGGUGUUGUUGAAACAGAUAAAGGUGUAAAAUUUGGAAAUAAAACACUUCCAAUUGCUUUCGACGAUAUGCUAGCUGAUCUUACAAAAAAUGUUGAGAAAAAAAAUACUAAUCUAACUGCGGGACAACACGCUAAAUUAUUAUUAAAAGAAUUAAAAAAACCGGGUAAUAUACGUAGUGAUAAUCUUCGAAAUCAGUAUAGAGAAUUGGACAGUGGAAGUGGAACACCAACAAUGUCUCAAGUGACAACGGUUCAACCGGCGUCACCACCACCACCCUACAUCACCCCACCACAGGGUAUACCACUAUCUUUCUUGAAAAGUAAAAAGGGUAAACCACACAGCUUUAUGUUUGACACGUGA